UUUCCCAGACCGGGAACAGGAGGUUAGAUGGCGCGGCAAAGUUUACUCUUCUCCGUCUACUUGUUAUAAAUUGCGCGCACGAUUUAGGGUUUCGGAUAUCCUGUUAAUUUAUGGAACAUGCUUGAGUAAUUUCCGUUGGGUUGACUGAAUCAUCCAUUCAAGAUUACUGGGCCCUGAGCUUUGGAUUAGGGAACUACACUUCUGUUCUGGUAAUCGGAAUACUGAGGAAUUGAGGAAUUGAAGAACAAGAAGAAGAAUGUUGGCUGCGUGUCGGUGUCUCGGAGCGACCGAGCUGAUUCAAUCUAAUCGCCGACAUUUUAUGUCUCCUAAAGGUGGAGCUUCGUUCUUAAUCUAUUGCAAUCGUAAUUACAGUCGUCUUUCAACUGGUAUACUUGGAAGCAUCUCCGAUCGACAUCCGAGCUUUGGCGGCAACUUCAUCAGAACACAUGACGAUCGUAUUCUGUACAUUCAAGGCCGCAAUUCUCGUAGUUUUAGUACAUUCAGACCGAAUUCCAAACCGCCGAGUCGUGUCCAUGCAUUCUUGCCUGAUCCUUCUUCUUCCUCCUCGACGAGAGGAUCUCAAUCUGGUUCGAUGUUAAAUGGGCGACUAGUGUUCUCAACCGCUUCUGCAAAUGGCAGUGAUGCUACAUCUCCCGGAGGCCAAGGUAUUAAGCAUGUUGGUAAAGGAUCGGAGUCCCAAGUUGCUGAUACGAAGAUUUUGCGUACUCUUGCUAGUUACUUGUGGAUGAAAGAUAACUCCGAGUUCCGUUUCAGGGUCAUAAUGGCUUUGGGUUUCUUGGUCGGGGCUAAGAUUUUGAACGUUCAGGUACCGUUUCUCUUCAAGCUAGCUGUUGACUGGUUGACCACUGCUUCAGGGAAUGCAGCUGCUCUUGCGUCCUUUACUGCCGCCAAUUCCACCAUGUUAACUCUUUUUGCGACACCAGCUUCGGUUUUAGUUGGUUAUGGCAUUGCCCGGUCUGGGGCAUCUGCUUUCAACGAGUUGCGGACUGCUGUUUUCUCUAAGGUUGCACUAAGGACAAUUCGAUCUGUAUCCCGAAAGGUUUUUUCACACUUGCAUGACCUUGACCUCCAGUAUCAUCUUAGCCGUGAAACAGGUGCCUUAAGUAGAACUAUUGAUCGCGGUAGCCGUGCAAUAAAUUUUAUUCUUUCGUCAAUGGUUUUCAAUGUUGUACCCACCAUCUUAGAGAUAUCCAUGGUGUCGGGUAUUCUGGCCUAUAAAUUUGGAGCUCCAUUCGCAUUUAUCACUUCACUAUCAGUGAUAGCAUAUGUCAUUUUUACAUUGACUGUGACUCAGUGGAGAACUAAGUUUAGGAAGGCCAUGAAUAAAGCUGAUAAUGAUGCAAACACCAGGGCAAUUGAUUCACUUAUUAAUUAUGAGACCGUUAAAUACUUCAAUAAUGAAGCCUUUGAAGCCAAUAAGUAUGAUGAGUAUCUCAAGAAGUAUGAGGAUGCUGCUCUGACAACACAGCGCAGUCUGGCCUUCUUAAACUUUGGUCAAAAUGUAAUAUUUAGCACAGCGCUAUCAACUGCUAUGGUGCUCUGUUCACAUGGAGUUUUGAAUGGCAAUAUGACAGUUGGUGAUCUGGUUAUGGUGAAUGGUCUACUUUUUCAGUUAUCUCUUCCUCUUAAUUUCCUUGGUAGUGUUUAUCGGGAGACCAUUCAGAGCCUUGUUGAUAUGAAAUCGAUGUUUCAAUUGCUGGAGGAACGAGCUGAUGUGAGAGAUAAGGACAAUGUGAAGCCUUUAAAGUUGGAUGGGGGUAGCAUCGAGUUUGAUAACGUACAUUUCAGUUAUCUGACCGAAAGAAAGAUUCUCAAUGGGGUAUCAUUUGUUGUACCGGCUGGAAAGAGUGUGGCAAUUGUUGGUACCAGUGGCAGCGGCAAGUCAACUAUUCUUCGCUUGCUCUUCAGAUUCUUUGACAUCCAUUCAGGAAGUAUUAAAAUAGAUGGUCAAGAUGUAAGGGAUGUGACUCUUGAUAGCUUACGGAAAUUUGUUGGUGUUGUGCCACAAGAUCUGGUCCUUUUCAAUGAUACAAUUUUCCAUAACAUUCAUUAUGGUCGUCUUUCAGCUACCGAGGAGGAGGUUUAUGAUGCAGCUCAACGUGCUGCUAUUCAUGAUACUAUCAUGAACUUUCCUGACAAAUAUUCUACAGUUGUGGGUGAAAGGGGGCUCAAGUUAAGUGGUGGCGAGAAGCAAAGAGUGGCUUUAGCUCGAGCAUUCUUGAAAGCACCUUCUAUUCUGCUAUGUGAUGAGGCUACUAGUGCACUCGACAGCACAACGGAGGCUGAAAUUUUGAAUGCUUUGAAGUCGCUUGCAAAUAAUAGAACCUCGAUCUUCAUUGCUCAUAGGCUUACUACUGCCAUGCAGUGUGAUGAGAUUAUAGUUUUAGAGAACGGGAAGGUGGUUGAACAAGGACCCCAUGAAGUUCUCUUGUCAAAGGUAGGAAGAUAUGCGCAGCUGUGGAGCCAGCAAAAUAAUACCAUUGAUGCGCUUGAUUCUGCAGUUAAACUGGAAGCGCAAUAAAAGAGGUACUGAUUAAGAUCAUUCAAAAUAAUAGCCCCCACCAAUAGUUUAUAAUCUGUGUAAUGGAUUAUAAUGGAUUAUAUAGGCCCUUGAUUUUUCUUGUAUACCAUAUUAUAUACUUUGAUUUCUUUUAAAGUACUUUUUCAUCCAUUCAAAAUGAGUUUAAUUUAAGAGUCUUGUGUCUU